UUAAAAACCCUAAAAAAAUAUAAAUAAUGGCUGGCGAGGUUAUUGUGGAUGCUUUGCCCUACAUAGAUCACGGCUACGAUGAUGUGGGCGUCAGGGAAUCGGCCCUCGCCAUGGUGGAGGAGGAAUGCCGGCGAUAUCGCCCCACCAAGAACUACCUGGAUCACCUGCCGCUGCCCGCCACCUCGCCAUUUGAGACUCCUCUGAUGGUCAACGAGUUCGAGCGCAUCCAGAACCGCCUGCCCAUGGAGACGCUCUCCAUGAAGCGCUACGAACUGCCGCCGCCGCCUUCCGGCAAGCUUUCCGAGGUGUCCGCCUGGCAGGAGGCCAUCGAGAACUCAAUGGCCCAGCUGGAGCACCAGUGGGUGCGAUCCCUUAAUCUGGAACUGAUGCUCGACUACGGCACGGAGGCAUGGAAGUCCUACCUAGAGGUAUUCACCGCCAUGCAGGCAAAGGCUCAGCUACAGCUGCAGCAGCUGAAGAAGGACAUCCAGGAUGUCAACUGGCAGCGAAAGCAGGCGCAGACGCAGGCGGGCGAAAGAUUGCGUUCCCUGGAGGCCCACUGGGUGCUGCUGGUGUCCAAAAACUACGAGAUCGAAACAGAGUGCGUCGAGCUGGAGAAGCUCGUUCAUGCUGCCCGGCAGAAGCUACAGAGCAUUACCCCGCCACUCAGUGCCAAUGACACGGCUCCCACGCCAGAGCACACGAAUGGAUUUGACCAGGAGGAGCAGGCCGAGAGCAACGGCAACAGUUCCACCAACAGUAACAGCAAUGCCGACGAACAGGGCGAUGCAGAUCAGGACGGAGCAGAUGGAGAUCAGGAUGGAGCAGUUGCAGAUGGUGGCAAUGAGGAGAACAAACCAGAAGACCGUGAUGAAGCUUCGAAUGAGUCAACGUAA